GGGGAGGGGUUUUAGGUGUGCCUGGGUUGAGGCAGACCGAGGUUGGAGGCUCGAGAUGGUUCCUUAGUCCCACCUCCUUUUCCCAAACUCAAACGUGCACCAUUAAAGGUUGUUAGCAAGAAGGGAAGAGUUAGACUUCCAUCAGAGAAGCCUCAUUACUAAGGAAGAUGUAAAAUAAUAGCAUGCAUCAAGUACUAGACCUGAAAGAGCUGAGAUUGGGUUGGGAUUAUGGGGUAUUCAACCAGGAGCCAGGACUAAGGAACCAAAUCAGCUUUGUGCUUGGGGUGGAGGCCUGACCUUGUUCCUUCCUCCAGGCUUGAGGCGGUCCCCACGCAGGCCCGAUGGGCUCGCUGCUUUGGCAACCAGCCAGAGAGCAUUUGUGCUUUGGAGCACCUGUGGGGCCCACCUGAAGAAAGGUCUGUCGAGCAGCAGUUUGAAAGCAAAAGGUGAAGAAAUCCCAUGCAGCAAAUUGGCCACUCAGGUGUUGAGGAAAGGUGUAAGAGGCUGUCUAGAUGAACUGCUUCUGAUGCCAGAACUGUGAAGACCUACCUCGCCUCGUGGCUGUAUGGAUGUGACCAGCUAAUAACUAUAAUAUAGAAUCCACUGAAUUUACUUUUGGAGUCUACUGACUUCUGUAUCAGGGCUAUUUUUUAAACAUCCUACAAAGGGUUAAUGGACCUUGUAAAGGACUCCUAAGCAUUUGCAGCUUCAUAACUCAUAUAUAGAUGUCACCAGUGUUUCCCAUGUUAACAGUUCUGAGCAUGUUUUACUAUAUCUGCCUUCGGCGCCGAGCCAGGACUGCUACAAGGGGAGAAAUGAUGAACAGCCGGAGAGCUAUUGAAUCAAACAACCGAGCCUUGCCUAUCAAUGUUGAAAUAGUUCAGUAUGCCAAAGAAGUCUUGGAUUUUAGUUCCCAUUAUGGUAGUGAAAACAGCAUGUCAUACACCAUGUGGAAUUUGGCAGGUAUUCAGAAUGUGUACCCUAGUUCUGGUGACUUUACUCAGACUGCAGUGUUUCGAACUUACGGAACGUGGUGGGAUCAGUGUCCUAGUGCCCGAUUGCCAUUCAAGAGGACUCCACCUAACUUCUACAGCCAGGACUACGUAGAGCUUGCUUUUGAGGAUCCAGUAUAUCCCACAGCUGUGCAUAUUCUGGAAACGUAUCAUCCUGGAGCUGUAGUUAGAGUUUUGGCUUGUUCUGCAAAUCCCUAUUCCCAAAAUCCACCAGCUGAAGUAAGGUGGGAAGUCCUUUGGUCAGAGGCACCUACCAAGGUGAAUGGUCCUCAGGCUCGCCAGUUCACACCUUGCAUCAAACAGAUCAACUUUCCCACCAACUUAAUUCGACUGGAAGUAAAUAGCUCCCUUUUGGACUAUUACACUGAAUUAGAUGCAGUAGUGCUACAUGGUGUGAAAGAGAGACCUGUGCUUUCACUGAAGACUACAAUGAUUGAUAUGAAUGAUAUUGAUGAGGAUGAAGAUGAAGAAAAAGAUGGUGGUGGAAUGGAAAGUCUUAAUAAACAGUUCAGUGUUGCUGCUCUCAAGGAAUGGCCAACAAAUGGAUAUUUUGAUAAACUGCCUUAUGAGCUCAUCCAGUUGAUUUUGAGUCAUCUUACAGUACCUGACCUGUGUAGACUAGCACAGACUUGUAAGCUACUAUAUCAGCAUUGCUGUGACCCUCUACAAUACAUUCAUCUCAGUUUACAACCUUACUGGGCAAGGAUAAAUGACACAUCUCUGGAGUACCUACAGUCUCGCUGCACUCUCGUCCAGUGGCUGAAUUUAUCUUGGACUGGAAACAGGGGAGCCAUCUCUGUUUCUGGAUUUAGCAGGUUCAUGAAAAUUUGUGGCUCUGAACUAGUCCGCCUUGAGUUGGCUUGUGGCCAUUUCCUCAAUGAGACUUGCUUGGAGGUCAUUGCUGAGACAUGUGUAAACCUUCAGGAAUUAAAUCUCUCCUCCUGUGAUAAGCUACCACCUCAGGCUUUCAACCACAUUGCCAAAGUGGGCAGCCUUAAGCGUCUCAUCCUUUAUCGAACAAAAGUAGAGCAAACAGCACUACUCAGCAUUCUGAACUUCUGUUCAGAGCUUCAGCACCUCAGUCUGGGUAGCUGUGUCAUGAUUGAAGACUAUGACCUGAUAGCUAGUAUGAUGGGAGCAAAAUGCAAAAAGCUUCGUACUCUGGAUUUGUGGAGAUGUAAAAACAUUACUGAAAAUGGAAUAGCAGAACUGGCUUCAGGCUGUCAGCUCCUGGAGGAGCUUGAUCUUGGCUGGUGCCCUACUCUACAGAGCAGCACUGGCUGCUUCACAAACAUUGCACGUAAGCUCCCAAACUUGCAAAAGCUCUUUCUUACGGCCAACCGAUCUGUGUGUGACACGGACAUUGAAGAACUUGCUGCUAACUGUACUCAUCUACGGCAGUUGGAUAUAUUGGGGACGAGGAUGGUAAGCCCUACAUCUUUAAGAAAAUUGCUGGAGUCUUGUAAAGAUCUUUCUUUACUUGAUGUGUCCUUCUGUUCACAGAUUGAUAAUAGAGUUGUCCUAGAACUGAAUGCCAGCUUUCCUCAUGUGCUCAUAAAAAAGAGUUUCACUCAGUGACUCACUACAUAUGCAGCAAUUCAUUUGACAGUGUUUCCUGUGAAUUUGUGAUGACUUUCUUUUUUUUAAAGAAAAAUGUAAACUCUCCUAUAAAAUAGGGGGAAAUGUUAAUUAUCCAAAUGGAAUGGAUAAUAUAUAAAAUAAUGUAUUUGGGAAGCUGUUGUUAGUCUGUACUUACUACUUGUUUUACAAUUUGUUAAUUGGUUGGAUUGCAUGUUUUUAAAUGCUAGCCAGAUACGUGGCUUAAAUUAGUGGAAAAUGAAAAACUUACUCUGGAAUGCCCUUUAAAAGAGCAUUUUUAUGAUAAAUUCUAUUAAUGUUCAAAUAAAAGUUAAGUUUUAAUAUUUAGUGCUAGGAAUAUGAAGGGUGCUUUCUCUCUUUCUCUCUCCCUUACUUUACUUUGUGACAUUUUAGUUUUGGCCUGCAACAUACAGUUGACUUGAUCUGUAAUGAUCUACCUGAAAAAUUACUGACGCUUCUGUAAGAUCAGAGUAGUUUGAAAUACACUUUUCCCCCUCUUUUUUGUUGGCAAUGAGUUAGAAACUAUUUUAAAAUUUUGAUGCGUUUGAUAAGAAGAGGUAACUCCACAUUGAAUAGAUGAAGUGCAGAGAUACUUUAUAGCUCUACCUAAAUGACAUAACAGAUAUCUACAGAAACCCACCACAUAAGUUUGUAUCAGAAACAAAAAGAAAAUUACCUGCUUCUUCCUGGAUAUAAAAUUUGGUGCAGGUGCUUACUGUCAUAACUGAUAAUGUGUAGAAAACUCCAGAGCAAUUUCCUUUUCAAAUAUCUAGACUAUUACAGUCAAGUUUGUGUUGGCUUGUGAUACAUCUGCUUAUAACAUGAAGUACUAUGAAGUACUAUGACAAUAUUACUCAGGAUAAUGUAUUAGAAACUGAGAUGCUUAUUUUUUUUCAUUAAAAGAGUAAGUCCCAGUAAUCUAAAUUUCCUUAACUGCUAAGACUGGAGUAAAUAGAUGGUGAAAUCAGAGAUAAAUUCCAUGGUUUUCUUCCACUGUUUGCA